AUGAAGUAUUUGAUAACUCUCGUUGCUUGUGUGCCAUUGGUGGCCAGCCAUGGCUUCGUGCAAAAUGCAACUAUUGGAGGGAAAUAUUAUGACCCCUACCAGGAUCCAUACAUGAAUCCUACACCUCAGCGCAUCUCCCGUGAGAUCCAGGGAAAUUUCCCAGUCGAGAACGUAACUUUCAAAGAUAUUGAAUGCGGCGGCAACACGACCGGUGGUAUCUUUGGGUCUAAGCCUGCCGCUUUACAUGCUCCUGCUGCAGCCGGCUCAACAGUGAAUUUGCGUUGGACGUUGUGGGCGGAGAGCCAUCAGGGACCUCUCAUUACGUAUAUGGCUCGAUGCCCAGACUCAGGUUGCAACGACUACCAAACAAAUGGCACACCUGUCUGGUUCAAAAUCGCCGAGGACGGUCUCCACAGCACCAAUGCCGACUGGCUUAAAAACCAAUGGGCCGAUACACCGCUAAUGACGUACCCCAACGAAGGUGUCAACUACGUGAUUCCAAGCUGUUUGAAACCAGGGUACUAUCUCGUGCGCCAUGAGAUCAUCGCGCUGCACGGUGCGUACAAGGAAGGGGGAGCUCAGUUCUAUCCAGGUUGCCAUCAAUUGAAGAUUUCUGGGUCGGGGAUGACGGUGCCGAGCUUAGGAUUGGUGAGUUUUCCUGGUGCGUAUAAUAGUAAGGAUCCCGGGAUUCUGUAUAGUCAGUAUAAUGAGCUGCCGUAUACGAUCCCAGGACCGGCGGUAUUUAAGUGUUAGGCAAGACGCAGAGAAG